ACAAUAUCGAACUUUGUUUUUCACUUACAUCUCCACUCUUGACUCUGGCGGUGUGCAUCACCCUCAACUAUAUAUAUUUAUCCAUCUUUCCACCCUUUCAAGCCAUCAGCUUUUUAUCAAUUGCAAAAUGGCGUUCCGUUGGUACCAAGCAAAGCUCCGAACAGCGCCUUUAAUGACGCAAAGUAUCACUACCGCGGUACUCUUCGCGACAGGCGACACAAUGGCCCAACAAGGAGUAGAGAGGCGCGGGUUUGCCAACCAAGAUCUCAUGAGAACAGGUCGCAUGGCCGCAUACGGCGGAGUCAUCUUCGGCCCCGCAGCAACCAAAUGGUUUGAAUUCCUCGUCCGCCGCGUCAAUCUCCCGUCGAAAAACGGCACCAUCGUUGCCCGCGUCGCCUGCGAUCAAUUCCUCUUCGCCCCAGUCAACAUGACGCUCUUCCUGUCCACCAUGGCCUACAUGGAGGGCAACUCGCCCGUGCAGCGCUUGAAAGACGCGUUUAUACCCGGAUACCAGAAGAACCUGAUGGUGUGGCCGUGGGUCCAGUUUACAAACUUCAAGUACGUGCCUGCGGAGAUGAGGGUGUUGGUGGUGAAUAUCAUUUCGCUGGGUUGGAACUGCUACCUCAGCUUCUUGAACUCGGGUGGUGGCACGAAGCCUAUGCUGCCGGUUGGUCAGACUAAGGAGGGUGGUCAGUUGCCUCCUUCAUAAAUCCUUGGCUGUGGUACGAUGGGUCAGUUGGGCGAUUUGCUUCGGGCAUUUUAGACUGGAUAUAGGGGGUUGGGUUUUUGCGUCAACUUGUUUGGGAAAGGGGGGAUU